AUGAAGUUUCAACCCUCGGAACUCCCCAUAGGAAAGCCACAACCGAGACGAAGAACAUCGAAACUCGCCCCGCUCGUCGCCCUAACGAUUCUCCUAACAAUCCCUUUAUAUUACCCUUCAAUAAAAGAUUCCACGAAAAAACUCUCCGUGGAAGAAACUUCGCAAACGUUCGAAUCUUCUUUAGACGAUUCGAUUAAACGGUCUUUAGACAAUUCAAUUAAAGAGCCAACCUCCCAUUUAGAGACUUCUCCUAUCGAAAACCCCAGCACCGACCCCUGCUCUGGCGACGGUGCUGAAUGCAAUGUCGACAAGAGCAGGGAUAAUGAUGAUGAUGUGGCGGCGGAGGCUGUGGUCCCACAACCGCCUCCGCCACCACAUCAUCAGUCACCGCAGAAAAAGAAGCACGAAAAGGGAGGGCAAAAACAUAAAAAGCCCGCCCGUAAAUACUCUUCUCCUUCGUCGUCGUCGUCGUCGUCGUCGUCUCACCAAGAGAUUGUAAGCAGAGGGGGCGAUAGGGGGGCGGUUAGAGAGAGAAUUUUGGACGACGAACAAUGCGAUUUGUUUUCGGGCGAGUGGGUCCCGGAUCCCGAUGGGCCGUAUUAUACGAACGAUACAUGUAACGCGAUACAAGAGCAUCAAAAUUGUUUGAAAUUUGGAAGACCCGAUAGAGGGUUCUUGAAAUGGAGGUGGAAACCCAAUGAUUGCGAAAUGCCCGUUUUCGACCCGACCCAGUUUCUGGAGCUUGUUAGGGGGAAAUCAAUUGCUUUUGUUGGUGAUUCUGUGGCUAGGAAUCACAUGCAGUCUUUGAUUUGUCUCUUGUCAAGGGUAGCAAUUCCGGUGGAUUUAUCUGAUCCGUUGGAUCAAAACCGACGGUACGAAUUCCGCGACCACGAUUUCAAUAUUUCCAUGUUCUGGGCGCCCUAUUUAGUAAGAACAGAAAAAACAGACCCAAAAGACGAAAAACGCCCUUUCAAUCUCUACCUCGACGAAUUCGACCGCCACUGGCAGACCGGAAUCGCCGCCUUCGACUACCUCAUCAUCUCCGCCGGCCACUGGUUCUUCCGCCCCACCUACUUCUACCUCGACGGCCGCCUCGCCGGCUGCCUCUACUGCCCCGACCCCAACCUCCCCCACCUCACCUCCUACUUCAGCUACCGCCGCGCCUUCCGCACCGCCUUCAGCGCCAUCAACGCCGCCGGAUUCUCCGGCGUCACCUUCCUCCGUUCCUACGCGCCGUCGCACUUCGAGGGCGCCGCGUGGGACAAGGGCGGCGACUGCGUCCGCACGCGCCCCUUCCGGAAGGACGAGAUCCAGUUGUCGGAUUACAGCCUGGAGAUGUACUUGAUACAGCUGGAGGAGCUGAGAAUUGCACAGAAAGUAGGGAGGAGAACCGGAGGGAAGUUUAGGCUUUUUGAUGCCACCAGGGCUAUGCUGCUUAGACCCGAUGGCCAUCCUAGUAAAUAUGGCCACUUACAAGGGGCAAAUCAGUCAUUUGCUAAUGACUGUGUGCAUUGGUGCUUGCCUGGCCCGAUUGAUGCUUGGAAUGAUUUCUUGCAGGAAUUGUUGAAGAGGGAAGUUGGAGAUAGCAGAUGA